AGGUUGUUCUGUACAAGAUCGGAUUGAAAAGCAGCAUGUAGGUAUCCACUACUUAUGAAUUUGUUGUCAUUGCGGCACUUUCAUCCUACAAGUGGAGCUCUCGUGUGCUGUUAGUGGACAGCUCCAGUACACCAGAACAAGCUCAAGCAGAUCUGAAAAAAUAUGAAUACCGCACAGCAAAACAACUAUGGCUGAAAGUAUUCUGUCCGCGGGCGCGGCUCCGCGUGACGAAAGCCCAUUCGCCAAAGCGGCACUUUCUUCGACUUCCGCGAUAAUUUCGACCGCAGGAGCAACAAGUCAACAACCCGCUGGUACAACCUCCACAACAAUGAGUAAAACAUCAAACACGACGACUUCUCAUCUGACCGUCACGACCACCGACAUCAGCAAUCUGCGAGUUUUUCGAUUCCGUGAUGUCGGGGGCAACAUCUUCUCCGUUUUCACGAACUCUGAGAGUUGCAAAACCGUCUACGACUGCAUCUACAAAGUGUUCGGCAUCCCAGCGGACGUGGCGAAGCAUUUGGUAUCCUGUGCAAAACUAUCGUACUCGUACUGCAGUCAUGCAUUGCAAAUCUUCUUUUUGAGGUAAAUCUGCACUACAAAUUUUAUUUCUCAUGCUGAGGAAAUCGAAAUUUGUAAUGCAUUAAUACGAGGACGAUACUUUAACUUUUGCAGUUCAUAUUUGGAGAUGGUUCUCGACGACCGAGAGGAAGAUGAAGCCGGAGCAAGCGGACUGCUUGGUCCGAAAAUCUUCAAGACUAAACCCUCAACAUCUUCAUCUCCGACAGAGUCCGAUGGGGACACUUCUAAAGAUUAUGACGAUGAGGAAAUAACUGCUGCCUCACCUGCUGCUGGUGCUGCACAAGUAGAUGACCAAAAAGAACAUAAACAAACCUACGAGGAUCUCUGCUUCCGUGUGCAUCGGAAGAUGUUGAGUCCCCUCGAGCUCGUUCUCUUCGCGGAGCCGAAUCUGAGCGGCAUUCAGCUGGACGCAGACCAGGUGACGGUGCUAGCCCGCGACUUCGCGAAAAUUGCGAAGGUCCGGGAGUUCGCGGUCACGACGAAGCACAAGAAGAGCAAAGAGAACCACCUCGACGACAAGGCAGCAGCGCUGAUUGGGGAAUCGAUCCGGAAAAGAUACGGCGUGAAGGUCAAGGACCUGCUGCGCAGUGUUGAAAUGAAGCGGACGAGGGAAAACGAAAGAAAUGGCCAUGAUCCUUCUGACCAAGACGACGAAAAAUCUGAUUUCGACAGCGACGUCGAUAAAGACAGCUCGGACGAAGAUGAAAAGGAAACGAGCAAUUACGUCAGUACAGACGAGUCGGAAAACGAAGAUUUUCUUUCUGCUCCUAUUCUUGACAGGAGCACCGGCAAGACAUCAUCAAACUUCCAUCUCCUCGACUACGCGCCGCAAAUCAUUUUCCCGAACUUUACGGACCUCGUCAACGCCAACCAGCCACUGCACCCGAAGAAACUUUUGUCUGCACUCUGGCGGCUCCGGUUUCUCCUGGCUUGUGCGGCCGGGACGCUGAACUUGGAAAAAAAUAAGAGAUCCUGUCCAAGUGCGAAUAACAAGCGGUUCCAACUGGACGCGUGGUCCCUGCGGAGUUUGCUGCGCCGCGUGGAGCACGCGCUGUUGCAAGAAGCGCCGAAGCGGAUCGCAUUAGAUCAGGCGCAAAAAACCGGGGAGGUGCCGCCGCCAAACCUCGGAAGAAGUAGUGCUGGCACCAGGAGCUCUAGUUCGAAUACUAAGGAUGAGUCCUCGUCCGGCGGGACUAGUACUUCUAGCAGUACUGAAGAAACGAACCACGACGAAGACGACUCGUCCCCCUUCUGGUCGCAGUUAAAACUGCACCAGCAGCGGGAACUUCUCCGGCUCGCGAACUUCGUCUUGCUACCCAUAUCAAAUGCAAAAAUGUCUGGGUCUGGGAGAUUGCGAGAUUUGUUAUGCAUGUCUAGCAUCACUCGAGAAUCUGUGAUGCAUGAGUACGACGAAAAGGCGCUCCUAUCUGUCAUGCAAGAACGCAGUUUCUCAUGCGAAAUACGCAACACAUAGCACCUCAAAAAUUUGUCGUGCUUGGCUGCAUAUUGCAGUCCGGCUAUUAUCCACUUUUAGCAUUACAAGUUUCCAGACCCAGACACUUUUGCAUUUGAUAACCCAAAUCCGGUCACAACACGGCUCUUUUCCGCACGGAUGAGACCCCGUUUGAGCCGCUGUUAGAAGUGCAAGAAGAAGGAGGUGCUCCUGGGUCAACAACUACGAAUGGUACGGGGCCGCAACAUCAGCUCCGCCGCUUGCUCCACCGGUGGGACGAGGAAACCGACCGACCUAUCCUGUGUAAAAACGUCCCCACGACCCCAGAGCUCUUGCAAUGCAAAUCUGCAUGCCAAACAAGUUUCUCAUGCGGAGCCCCAUGAGAAGCAUCUUCUAGUCGUGUUUUGGAAUUUGUGAUGCUAGAAUCAGCAUGGCUUGCUAGAUCUAUGUUGCUGCUGAACUAGCUAAACAGGAUCACACUAUGAGGGCAAACUUGUCAUGCGAAACAACCAAAGCUGGCGGAGUUGUCUAGCAGAUUUCCCUUCUUGACUAUGGGGUCGCGGGGACGUUUUUCCACAGGAUACGGCCGCGGAGUAACCACGCGAACCCGCUGGAUGUCGCGAAGUUUCUCGACAAGGCAAACGAGUUAUGAACUGCAAAAGUAUCGUACUCGUAUAAAUGCAUUACAAAUUUCCUCAGCAUGAGAGAUGAAAUCUGUAAUGCGGAUUGACCUGCAGAAAAGGAUUUGUAAUGCAUGAUUGCAGUACGAGUGCGAUACUUUUGCACAGGAUACGAGUUGGGCUUGGAGUUUUGCCGGGCGUGGUUGUUUAUGAAAUGCAAAAGCAUCGUACUAGUAGAAAUCGCAUGACAAAUUCCUUCAGCAUGAAAAAUGGAAUUUGUCAUGCUGUUUUACCUUGGGAUGGAGAUUACUAUCUAAACUGCAGCAGCUGGUCAAAAAUGCAGGCGAGGGGUAUGUUCGGGGGUGUGUCAGGGGUAUGCAAAUGGCAGUCAAUCACGACCUGAAUACAAAUUUUUGGCGAAAAAGCAGAAGGUGGGGUAUAAACAUACCCCAGACACACCCCAGACACACCCCAGACAUACCCCAGACAGACCCCCGAACACACCCCAGGCAAAAAGUCCGAACAUACCCCAGACACACCCCGGACACACCCCGGGCAGACUUUCGGACACACCCCGGGCAGACUUUCGGACACACCCCGGCCAAACUUUCGGACACACCCCGGCCAAACUUUCGGACUUUGUCAUGUGGGGUUUGGACCCGAAGCCCAGUCUGUCGCGCGAGACCGUGCGGCCAAGGGGCGAUCCAAAGCCCUAGGUCAGCGCGGGGACUAUGUCCCCGCGCCAUGACCUAGGUGCCAGCUGUGACCAUUUCCGUAACCGGACGCCGUGUGGCUAAGGGGCGAACGCCCUAGGCCAGCGCGGGGACUCGGUCCCCGCGCCAUGGCCUAGGGGCCAGCUGUGCGCGCUUCCAUCCCGGACACCGUGCGGCCAAGGGGUGAGAGCCCUAGGCCAGCGCGGGGACUCGGUCCCCGCGCCAUGGCCUAGGGGCCUGCUGUGAGCGCUUCCAUCCCGGACACCGUGCGGCCAAGGGGCGAAAGCCCUAGGCCAGCGCGGGGACUCGGUCCCCGGCGCCAUGGUCUAGGGGCCAGCUCUGGGCGCUUCCCGGACACCGUGCGGCCAAGGGGCGAAAGCCCUAGGCCAGCGCGGGGACUCGGUCCCCGCGUCAUGGCCUAGGGGCCAGCUUUGAGCGCCUCCCGGACACCGUGCGGCCAAGAGGCUGGCGAAAGCCCUAGGCCAGCGCGGGGACUCGGCCCCCGCGCCAUGGCCUAGGGGCCAGCUGUAAGCGCUCCCACCCGUCCCAGACACCGUGCGGCCAAGGGGCGAAAGCCCUAGGCCAGCGCGGGGACCCGGUCCCCGGCGCCAUGGCCUAGGGGCCAGCUUUGGGCGCUUCCCGGACACCGUGCGGCCAAGAAGCGAAAGCCCUAGGCCAGCGCGGGGACUCGGCCCCCGCGUCAUUGCCUAGGGGCCAGCUUUGCGCGCGCGGACACCGUGCGGCCAAGGGGCGAAAGCCCUAGGACAGCGCGGGGACUCGGCCCCCGCGUCAUGGCCUAGGGGCCAGCUGUGAGCGCUUCCACCCCGGACACCGGGCGGCCAAGGGGCGAAAGCCCUAGGCCAGCGCGGGGACUCGGUCCCCGCGCCAUGGCCUAGGGGCCAGCUGUGAGCGCUCCCACCCCGGACACCGUGUGGCAAAGGGGCGAAAGCCCUAGGCCAGCGUGGGGACUCGGCCCCCGGCGUCAUGGCCUAGGGGCCAGCUUUAGUGAGGCGCCUCCCGGAAAGCGUGCGGCCAAGGGGCGAAAGCCCUAGGUCAGCGCGGGGGCUCGGUCCCCGCGUCAUGGCAUAGGGGCCAGCUGUGAGCGCUUCCCGGACACCGUGCGGCCAAGGGGCGAAAGCCCUAGGCCAGCGCGGGGACUCGGCCCCCGCGCCAUGGCCUAGGGGCCAGCUGGGGCGGAGCGCUUCCCGGGCACCGUGUGGCCAAGGCAGGGGCGAGAGCCCUAGGCCAGCGUGGGGGCUCGGACGGUCCCCGCGUCAUGGCCUAGGGGCCAGCUGUAUGCGCUUCGCGGACACCGUGCGGCCAAGGGCGCGGGGACUCACUCGGCCCCCGCGCCAUGGCCUAGGGGCCAGCGAGCAGCGAGCGCCCCCCGGACACGGCGCGGCCGAGCAAGGGGCGAAAGCCCUAGGCCAGCGUGGGGACUCGGUCCCCGCGUCAUGGCCUAGGAGCCAGCUGUGAGCGCCCCCCGGACACCGUGUGGCCAAGGGGCGAAAACCCUAGGCCAACGCUGGGACUCGGUCCCCGCGCCAUGGCCUAGGGGCUAGCUAUGAACACCCCCCGGGAACCACACCGCGCAGCCAAGGAAGGGGCAAAGAAAAGCCCUAAGGCGGUGCGGGGGCUCUGUCGCCGCGCCAUGACCUGGGGGCCGGCUCCAGACCCGGCGCCAGUUUCUUCUUUCUUUUUAUCGUUGCGCGCGGAUGGCUAAUGAAUCUAGUGCGCGUAAGCAAGGGAGCCGCGUCCGCAGGCCCGUCGCGGGUCAUUGAAUGCAAGGCGCACCGAGAUACCUAGCUGCGAGCGACCUGCCUGCCCAGUGCCACCGCGCAGACAAACGUCGGAAGGUCGCAGCACGGGGACUCUGUCCCCGUGCUCGGACCUUGUUUGUAAUGCAUAAGUGCAAUUACUACGAGUGCGAUACUUUUGCACUGGAUAUUGUUUGCGAAUGCGGUUCUGGUGGUGAACAAUCCGAAAGACGUUUUCCACUGGUUCACCGCCCGAACGAUCGCGGAGCACCACUUGUUUAAUCUCGCGGUCGCCUGUUUGGAGCUCGUUUGGUACUCCCCCAUGAUUUAUCAAGUGUAAAAAUGUCUGGGUCUGGAAGAAUGCAACUUGUCAUGCUAAAUCUGAAGCUUGCAAAAAUCUGUGUUGCAUGAUUGCCAAAAGUCGUCCAGUUUUGACCAAGUCGGGAGGGAGUUUCUCAUGCAGGAUAGGCAUGAAAGAGAUCGCACAGAAUCUGUCAUGCUAGGUCCUGCAUUCCAGACCUCAUGGGUCAUCGAAAAGCUGCAUGACAAAUCGCGCACUCUUCCAGACCCAGACACUUUUGCAUUUGAUAUGAUUCGGGAGAUGCUACAGCGGCAAACCUGGUCGUGGUGCGAACAUUUACCGGAGUUUUACCUGUAUCCCGUGCAAAAGUAUCGUACUCGUAGUAAUUGCAGUUAUGCAUCACAAAUCUUUUUGUUUUUCUUAAGGCAAACCCGCAUUGCAAAUUUAAUUAUAAUUUGUAAUGCUGAGCAAAUUUACAUACUAGUACGAUACUUUUGCAGUUCAUAACCUGCAGAUGCUGCGAAACGUCGGAAGUAAGAAAGCGGUCGCGGUAGGGGCGGAGAUGAACAAGAACCGGGACGGUAGCGAUUUCUUGAACGCAAAUGCUACAACGAGUAUUGUCAACAGGAAGGACGACAACGACAAGGACAGCAUCAUUGUGAAAACCGCUCCCACUGCCAGCGACUUCGACUUUGUUUACUUGCGGACAGCUGCUGCUGUGUCGAGAGGACCUUCUUCGCCGGUGAAAACGACCGCCCGCAAUGAUGAGGAGCAAGACCCCGACGAUCCUUCCUUUUUCAAGUGCAGCAUCGAGUCAAAGACACUUUCUUACCUCCCGGAGAGAAAGGAGCUCAACGCGGCAGAUUUUUACGGCAUUAAGCCGGGAACAAAGAAGUUGAGUAAGAAAAAACUGAAGCAAAUCGAGGAAGAAAGAACGAACCCGUUGCAGGUCUUGAUGAACCCGGUGUGGCGUCACGUGAACCCGGAAUUCGAGUAUUCAGUGAAGCGGAAAGUCGCGAAACUGUUGUUGAAAAGUGGUGGCAGUAGUACUAGUACAGCGGUAGUACAGCAUGACAAAAACCAUUCCAACGACCAGCAAAGUAAAAACCAAAACGACGAGGGAAGUAAAAUCUUUGACUUUUUGAGCGACGACGACGUGUUUGGCACAUCGUUGGGUCUUAUCAAAUGCAAAAAUGUCUGGGUGUGGAAGAUUGCCAGGUUUGUCAUGCAUAUUUUGCAUGAACCCUUUUACUUUUUAAUUUGGUUCCCUCGGUGCUGAGACAGGGAGUUUGCACAGAGUUAUUUCUACCUAGAUAACAACCAACUCACGUCGCAGCCGUCCCAGGAGUUUCGGUUGUUGUCUCUCGGUAGAAAUCACGCUGUUCAAAAAAUUUCUGUUUUGGAGUUUACCGGGUACGCGGUUAAGAGUUUGUCGACGUAAUUUACAAAGGGACGCCCUGCCCUUAGUUUCCCAACAUGACUCCUGAUGUCUGUGAUGCAUGCCCUAGCAUCACAGAUCUUGUGAGGGCUUCCUGAUGCCUCGACCGCAUGAGAAAUGCCCGCUCGCCGUGGCAAAAACUGGACCUCUUUUGCUGUUCAUGCAAUACAGAUUUUUUGUAGAAUCCAGAUGCAGCAUCACAAGUUGCAUCCUUCCAGACACAGACUCUUUUGCAAUGCAUAGGGCUGAUUUUAGACGUGAAGGAACAGACCAUCGUAAUGCCACUUUCGUUAUGCACUGCAAAAGUAUCGUACUCGUACUAAUCGCAGUCAUGCAUUACAAAUCUAGUAAUCAAGGGAAAUCCGCAUUACAAAUUACCUUUGUAAUGCUAAGCCAAUUUGUAAUGCAAUUCAUACUAGUACGAUACUUUUGCACAGGAUAUUCAUCUUCGAGUUCGUGUGCAGCUCCAGCUGCGAUUGCGGAAGCGCCGGAACAACAGGCGGAGGUUCAUCUUGCAGGCUACUGCUCCGACGAUGAGAACAACGAGAAUGAAGAUGAUGAAAGCUACACGAAGACGAGGAAGAACCUCAACGCGGCUAGUCCGGGAGGCGACACGACUAUCACUACCACCUGUGGAGAUGGAAGCAACACAACAGCGGGGGUUGACCACGAUGGUACAGCGAGUCCCGAGGACGACGAUGAGGACAACGGUCGUUGUGACGUCACCACCGGGCUGUUGAACCAGCGCGAAGAACUACAGGUCGAGGAGGAAGACAAUCGUGGGAAUGUCAAUUACAACGUCGAAGAUGUGACCAAGAUGGGCGAGGGCGACAUCGAAAAAAUGUUUCUCGACAUGGCACACGAACAGGAGGAAAACAAGGAAAAAUCUUUACUCGGCGACCUGCUCGAUCCAGAGAAUUUUGGGAACCAUUUGGACAAAUUUGAAAAAGUCGCAUUGACCGAAGAGUCCGUCGAGACGCUAAUCGCGGACUGCGCCACGGUGCAUCGGAAGCUGAAGGACAUGUCGUUUCGCAAUAAUUAUGGGGAGAAGAAACAUCUACAACAGCAAAAAGAACUACCCGCAGGAGGGCAGCAAAAUCCAAGUGCGGCGGCAACAACUUCUGACGAAAGGAGUGGAAUAAAUGGUCGUCCGCGAGCCUACACGGGUAGCAGUUACGCGGGAAGUUCGGAUCACGAGCUUGAGCAGAAAGUAGACUUUGCAGAAGUUGAUGUUCCGGCCAAGAACAGUGACGAGAACAAGCUCCCAUCAUCAACCACUUUAAGCAGGACGAGUUGUACGACAAGUGUGAAAAUCAACCACGAACAGAAUGAAACAACGAGGACCCCUGUCGUGCGCAGUUCUGCGACGCAAUUUCAUCGAAAGGCGGUGGUCGAAGCUCUUGAGGUGCAGUGUGAGGACCACGUCAAAAGCGGUGAUGGUGAUGGUGUUCCUCCAGCGCCGGCCUUGGGAAAAAGUGGAAAUGAAACCGCAGCAGCAGUAAGAGUGUCUGGUGCACGACCCGCUGCGGCUAGUACAAGAACCCCGAUGCUGUUGAGCAAGGACGACGUGAAACGGAACAAUAACAAAAAUUCUCGUCGUGAAGAUGAUGAAACCAAAACUGCAAUCAUCCAACACCCACCGGGAAACGUCGAACUCACAAUACAGGACCUGCCCUCGGAGCUGCCUGUCGUGCAAGACGAGAGGAAACAAAACAUGUUAAACAUUCUCCAGAAUCAUCAAGACACUGCUACCAUAACGUCCUCCAGCUCCAGCGGUCUCAUCGACAGAAAAAAGAGCCCAAGCACGGACCUCCACCUGAUUUCCAACUUCGCGCUAAUAUGACUUGCAAAACUAUCGUUUACCAGUGCCGUAGUACUUGCAAUACAAAUAAUUAACGCGGUCUGUUUAGCAAUACAAAUUAGCGCAGCAUGACAAAUGGAAUUUACCAUGCUAAUUUUGCUUGGGAGAAGCAUUUGUCAAGCAUGAUUGCGACGACUACGAGUACGUGCACGAUACCUUUGCAAUGCAUAGUUGAAUUCCACCAACGAAAUGGUGCCCUCCGCUUUGGGAAUUGCAGUGGAUCAGUACGUGGAGCUGAGCAAGGAAGACCCGUAUGAUUUGCAAAAGUAUCGACGUACAGGUAAAAAAGUAGUAAUCGCGUUUUAUGCAAUACAGAUCUCCUUUCCAAAGUAAAUUUAGCAUAUACAAGUUCCAUUUCUCAUGCUGAGCAAAUUUGUCAUGCGAAGAUUUCUACUAGUCUACAAGUGCGAUACUUUUGUAAUCCAUAACCCGACAAUUCCAUCGGAAAAUCUGAAAGCGAUGCUCGAAUUUUACUGCGGAAAGAACUGCAUGGAGUACGAAUGGGCAAUGACGUGCGGCAACUGUAGAUGCAAGUGUAGAAGUUCUUCUUCUUCUCCUUCGGAUGAAGACGCCGAUGAUCAGACCCUCGCUGCAAAAACAGAAAAAAACGUCCUCCAGGAGAAGAUGAAGAGGAACGAAAAGCUGAACGGCGACAUGCGGAAGUGGCGGAAAAAAGUGGUGAUUGAGAAACUAUGCAUUGCAAAAGCAUCGUACUUCUACCUUCUAGUAUAAAUUGCAUUUACAAAUCGACUCAGCAUUACAAAUUAAAAUUGUAAUGUGGAUCCGCCUUGAGAAAAAGAUUUGUAAUGCGUAAAAUCGAUAAUUGGUACAAGUGCGAUACUUUUUGCACUGCAUAAAAACGGAAAAACGUGUAUUUGGAAAUCAUCAAGGAGCUGCUCCUAUCAACUGCAAAUAUGUCUGGGUCUGGAAGAUUGCGAGAUUUGUCAUGCUUGUUUGGCAUGACUGAAGAAUUUGUGAUGCGUGUCCAAGAAGAAACUCUUUUGUUUGUCAUGCAAAAGCGCAGCUUGUCACGCGGAAAGCGCAACACUAAGCAGCGCAGACACUUCUCAUGCUUGGCUGUGCAUUGCAGAGCAUUCACUUAUUCUUGAUCCAGCAUUACAAGUUCUUUCCAGACCCAGACAUAUUUGCAAUCCAUAGCUCCACGGCCCGCGAAGUGAGGAUUUGGAUCUGAAGUUGCAUCUAGAUCACUCCCAGUUCUUCCCGCUGAAGAACGGCCACACGCUGCGCGAGUUUUUGGUGUCGGAUUUGGUACGGAAAAAUUAUCCGGAAUUGUGGGAAGUAGUGAAAGAUGCUGUGGAGAGAACGAUUGGGACUACAGGCAGUACAACUUUUGCGGAAGGGAAGCGGAACGAAGUUUUGGGAAAGAAGAAGGAAGAUAACUCCCAAGAUCAUUCCAAGAGAGCACCUGUGAGUGUGGACGACAUUCUGGUGGAUAUGUAGGUCCUAUUCGUGAUAAAGAUGACUGGUUUUCGUUUUACACGUUUCUUGUCUAAUGUCAUGCUUGUCGCAGUAAAGUAGAAAUAGAAAGUUGUUGUGAGCUCCUCGUGUUUCUUUUUGUAAAUUUACAUUUGACGUCAAAUUUUAAGAAGCGGAUCAUGAUACUCUUCUAGUAUUCCCGCUCGCAAUCUAGAAAGAGAACUCGUUGGCUACACUACUAGUAGGUACUACCGUUUGAAAAAAAUUAGGAAUGUCCACGGUUAGAGCAGCUGCUUUCAGCUUAUCCUGUGGUUUUCACACUCAAGCUGCUUGUUUAUUUCCUAGAAUCCACCUUCGGAAAAAAGAAAAACGAAAUUGAUUUACUGUGCCAUGUUGAAAGCACCGAUUUUUUUGGCAGACCGUGAGCUUCUAUCGACGAACUUUCUUCCGUGUCGGGGUCAUUUUUCUCAUGUCUCUCGGACACCUAUUCAACGUUCCUAGAACUUUUCGUGAAGAACUUUUCGUGAAGAACUUUUGCAGUCUUUCUUACAACUGCGCCAUUCUACUUUACAACAAUUUCAUCUUCAGACAGUGUUAAUAUCCAAGAAGAAGAAAGAAACUUUCAGAUGAAGCAGAUAUAUACGAACAACGACGAACAGUUUUCGCUUUGGGUUUUCUCUUUAUCCUCUUUCGUGCGAGCUUUUCACAGACAACGGCAACGGGACGAAAAUUUUUUACGAUUUAUCAAAAAUACGAAUACCGCGGCUUUUCGUGCAGCUGAUGCUGACGCCACAUGUCAGGCAGACAAGAGCAAGAGGUCGUAUCCUAUACAACAACGACGAUGAAUGAACUUUCAAUUUGUUAAAUGAUGAACCCGAAAAAUCGCAGAGAAAAGUAUCAUGGUAAAAGUCGAACGGUAGGCGUAGGGGCUAAGGCUACCGCUACGCGCUGCUUUCUUUGUCGUCGUGUCUGUUGUUGAGGUCGUUUGUGCAGCGACAUGUAGCUCCGCCGUGUUUCGCUGCUGUUACAGCUUCAGCUACAGUAGAAGAGCAAAGCCAUGAGAUGAACAACGCCACAAAAUAUAGAACGAGAGGGAAGUAGUUGAUGAAGAUGCUUUUUGUGUCUUCAGCGAGCCAGCAGCACUACGCGCUCCAGACCGCGAUGAAGCCGAGAUAUUCAGAAACGCAAUAAUAGAGAUGAUAGUCAGAAAAA